AUGAUAAACUUUAAUAAAUUAUUACAAGAAGAGAAAAGAAGAGCAUUAGCUGAAGCAAACAAAAAGAAUGCUGCUUCUAAUAAUAAUAAUAAUGUAAAUAAGGAUAACAAUAAAGACAAUCUAAUUGAAGAGAAACAUGAAGAAAAAGUAGAGUUGUAUAUAGAUUUGAAUAGUUAUGUAUUUGAUAUAAAUGGUUGCGAUAUUGCAUCAAAGAACAGAGUUACACAAUCAUCUAUCAAAGGUAUUUACUAUAUUGAUGAUUUCAUAGAUGAGCAAAUGGAAUCAACGAUCUUGAAGAAUGUUUAUUCAGAUGAGAAUCAAUCAAAGUGGACACAACUAAAAAGAAGAAGAUUACAGAAUUGGGGUGGAAAUCCAUCAUCUGAUGGUAUGUUGUUAGAAACAUUACCCUCAUGGUUGGAUAGAAUAUGUGAAUCAAUAUUUAAACAAUCGAUAUUACCAAAGAAACCAAAUCAUGUACUACUUAAUGAAUAUCAAUAUGAUCAAGGUAUAAUGCCACAUAAAGAUGGUCCAUUAUUCUAUCCAUGUGUAACAAUAUUGAGUCUAGGAAGCACAUGUUUAAUUGAUUUCUAUAAAUCUAUUGGUGAGGAUCCAGUCGAAUCACUACUCUUGAAACCAAGAUCACUGUUAAUCUUUACAGAUGAGGCAUAUAAGAAUUAUUAUCAUGGUAUAAAGGAAUGUUUCACAGAUAAUCGUACCAAAGAUUAUAAAAAGCCAAUAAUAAUAAAUCAACAUUAA